AUGGCAGCCCUCCCCCUACAUGCAGCCCUCACUCUCUUUGUGCCUUUGCCAAUCCCAGCGACAGCAGCGGCGGCGGCAGCAACAACAACAACAACAACAAUACCAGCAGCAACAACAACGAUACCAGCAGCAGCAACGAUAGCUGUUUACACCAGCAUCAUGGCUAGCAUGAACGGCAUUGCUAUCAAGCCCAACCCCUCGGAUACGCUCGAGUCGCUGGGUGUGCAGUAUGGCCUCUCGGCGGCCUCCAUUCUCGAGGCGAACCGAAUGUAUGCGCAAGACUCGAUUUUUGCACGCCCCUAUCUCCAAUUACCCGGCGUGACCCAGCCCUUGCCACAACACAAAGUGGUGGAUGUCAAGUCACGCAACACAUCCCGACGCAGCUCCGAUGCAUCGGCUGCGACCACUACGGCCACGCCCUCGGUUGACGAUUUUCUCGCCCGCUUUGACCUGCAGUUUGGUGCCGUGAAGGAACAAACGGAAUCCACGCUCAGCCAAAGCAAGUGGAUGUCCGAGUAUAGCUCGCAACCGGUGCAGUACCGUCCACGCGCAGUCAUUCCUGUGGAUGAACGUGAGGAAGAACCCGAAGACAAGUCAAUGGGCAUCCCAUUGACAUCAGUCUACUCAAGCAACCAUGACGACGGGCUAUUGCAAGGUCACACUGACGAAAUGUUUGAGCUGUGA